GCGAACGAAGUGUUAAAAGUGACGAUCUCAAAAUGUGUGGAUACUGUAAAGCCUUCGUUACGCGGAAAUACUUUCAUAUGCAUGCUAGAACAUGUAGGUCCCAAAAUGGGGAAAUUUUUUGCAGCAAGUUGCCACUGUCCAUGUUAACUGCAGAAAAUACAGGGGAUUUGCUAUUUACCGACCUAUUAGCAAGGUUUAAUAAUGAUGAACCAGGUCGAUUGUGUCGUACGGACCAUAUGAUCAAAAAAAUAGGGAGAAGUCUUUUUGAGCGGCAUAAACGAAAACAAGAUAAAAAGACUGAGGUGCGGAAAUCUGUUAUGCUAAAAAUGAGAACUUUGGCCACUUUGUUUAUGGAAUUUCGUAGAUGUAUGAAGAGUAAAUUUGGCAACGAUGUUAAAACAGAAUCAAUGCUUAACAGAAAAAAUUUUUUAAUGUUAGAGGAGGCGAUAAACAAUGUGACAACUUUAAAAGAGGGUGGAAUAAAAGCUGGAUCAAAAAUUUUUAUUGGCAAUCUUUUAAAAAAUGCUGUCAAAAUAAUGAAAGGGACAUACCUUAUUGAAGAUGAUGAUGCGAAGGCGGAAACUAUCGAUAAAUUUGCGGCCGUUCUCAAUUUGCGCUGGACUAGCAUGUUCGGCGAUGCUGAAUACAUUCUGCAGCAUAAUCGCCAGACCAAGCUGCGACAACCAGAACUGCUUCCUAAUGAACAGGAUGUCGCCAAAAUAAAAACAUACACUGUAAAUACGUUAGCAUCCCGCUUGAGUGAUGAAUAUUUUUUACCAUGCCAGGAAAAUUUUAUUGUUAUUCGUAAUCUUGUGAUGUCACGCCUCACGCUCUUCAAUGCAAGGAGAGGUGGUGAACCCAGUCGUCUUCUUAUGAAGGAUUGAAAUGCUAAAAAUGAUAAGUGGAUUGAUACCCAAAGAAUUCAAUUCUUGUCAUCAUCUGUCGACCAAGAGUUGAUGAAAAAAUUCAAAGUAAUGUACCAGGGUGGUAAAGGAAACAAUCACCUUGUCCCUGUUCUUGUUCCCAUCGACUGUGUCGCUGGUCUUGACUUUCUAGUAAACCUAGAUAUUCGCAAAAACAGUGAUGUUCACAAAGAAAACCGUUUCAUCUUUGCCAGCACACGUUUGUCCAUGGAGCAUGCAAGUGGAUGGCAUGCAACGAAGGAAGUGGUAGAUGCCGCUGGUGUGAAAGCAGUUGUUACAGCAACUAAAAUGCGACACCGGGCAUCAACACUCUAUGCGUGCCUCGAUAUUCCAGAACAACAACAGCAAGUUUUUUUCAGACAUAUGGGACAUUCUUCAGAUAUCAACAAAAAUGUGUACCAGUGUCCUUUGGCCAUUGAGGAAAUCACUCAAGUUGGAAAAUAUUUUGCUGACAUUGAUGGGAUGAGCUUAUCUUCUGGAAGACAGGAUUCUAUGGCAUGCUCAGCGUCAACAGAAAAGGAAGCAUGCUCGGAGUCGACAGAAAAUGAAGCAUGCUCGGAGUCGACAGAAAAGGAAGCAUGCUCAGAGUCUACAGAAAAGGAAGUGGCAAAUACAAAUUAUUUGGCAGGCUCAGAUAAUAUAAGUGGUGUGGCGAAGCAAACAAAGCUAGUAAAUGAGUUCAUUGACGAAGGUAGGACAGAAACUGGGCAAACCGUCAAAUUUGUGAGAAAAGCUCGACAGUAUGUAAAAUGGCAGCCUCAAGAAAGUGAGUUAUUAAAAAAUAAUUUCAAAGAUGUUAUUGAGGACACUUCUCAAGAGGGGAAUAAAGGGAAUCUGCCAAGUCUAGCUCAGAUAAAGUUGUUCCUUGAAGAGAAUCACAUAUUAGAAUCCAUCACUGAUAUGAACCAGAGAGUCCGGAUAGUUCACACAAAAUUGUUCAAUGAGCGAAAGAAAUUUCGAGAAAAAUAUCAAACACGACUAGAAAGAUUCAAUUAAUAGUUUUGUGUGCUUUGUGAACUUUUUUCUUUUCGUUCUGAGGCUGUGAAGUGGGUGUAUGUUAUUUUCUUUUGUUAACAUAAGGUUAGAGUUCCACACUCUCCUUAUAGUGAUCCAAGUCCAAUUUCUGGCGAUAUCUAGGAGCAUUAGAGUUGACUGAACAUUCUCCCAAUGAAAAGGGAGAUUUCAUUGUCAUCCGGACAUGGAGCCUGAUGUGGAUACCCACGUCUUCACAGCCUCGUUUGAUUUUGCAGUAUCGAUGUGAUUGUUUUCCAAUAAAGUUAUAGUGAUGGAAGCUGAUUUGUUUAUUCCUAAAGUAUGUCACCUUGACUGCGCCUGUGUUUGAGGUCUUUUCUCAUGUGUAGGGCUGGGCAUUUUUGAAUACCUGAUGAUUUCAGAAUCGA